GAAGACUUUUAUUGGGAACUUGUAGCGUGAACUCGGAUUCCUUGACGGAAUGAUUUAGGUGUUACAUAAGGCCUAAAAGGCCGAAAUGAAGAUUUAGGAUUUGCAUUUUACAUACACUCGGGGAGUGAAAAAACAUUGGAAGAAGAAAGAUUAGCGAAGCCCAGCGAGACGCGGCCGGGGUUUUGGUUGAGAGGAGAUGGCGGGGAAUUUCUGGCAGAGCUCGCACUAUUUACAGUGGAUCCUUGAUAAGCAAGAUGUAAUGAAGGAGCGACAGAAAGACUUGAAAUUCCUCACAGAAGAAGAAUAUUGGAAACUACAAAUAUUUUUUGCAAAUGUGAUCCAAGCUCUUGGCGAACACCUCAAAUUGAGGCAACAAGUUAUUGCAACCGCAACAGUUUACUUCAAGAGAUUUUAUGCCAGAUAUUCGCUGAAAAGUAUAGAUCCAGUACUGAUGGCUCCAACUUGUGUAUUUUUAGCAUCAAAAGUAGAGGAAUUUGGUGUUGUCUCAAACACACGUUUAAUUUCAGCUUCAACUUCCGUGUUAAAAACCAGGUUUUCUUAUGCAUUUCCUAAGGAAUUCCCUUACAGAAUGAACCAUAUAUUGGAAUGUGAAUUUUAUUUGUUAGAGUUAAUGGAUUGCUGUUUAAUAGUAUACCAUCCAUAUCGACCAUUGCUGCAGUAUGUACAAGAUAUGGGACAAGAAGACAUGCUGCUGCCAUUAGCAUGGAGGAUAGUGAAUGACACCUACAGAACAGACCUAUGCCUCAUGUAUCCUCCGUUCAUGAUAGCCUUGGCCUGUUUGCAUGUAGCAUGUGUGGUCCAGCAAAAAGAUGCACGUCAGUGGUUUGCUGAACUCUCAGUGGAUAUGGAGAAGAUCCUGGAGAUAAUCAGAGUCAUUCUAAAGCUAUAUGAUCUUUGGAAGAAUUUUGAUGAUCGAAAAGAAAUGGCUGCAAUACUCAACAAGAUGCCAAAACCAAAACCACCUCCAAACAGUGAAGGAGAGCAGGGACCGAAUGGCAGUCAAAAUUCAACCUACAAUCAAUCCUAAUAAACUGGCAGUUUCAUGUACCAAAAGCUGUGAAAUGGAAUGGAUUCAGACUGUCUGAUAGACAAGGGAAAUUCCUUUCACUUCAAAAAGACAUUCUGUCGGUUAAGGUGGUGGAGAACACGCUUGGGUAUGGUUUGAAAAGCUGGACGUGAAAUUAUCGUAAUUGUUCAAAGAAAAUCUCUUGUUGGAAACAAAGAAAAUUACUCAGUUGCUGCUGCAAAAACACUCGUUUCAUUCAUGCUUGUAACUUUGUUGUGUGUUUCAGGGGGCAUUGCCCUGCUCAAGCUGUGCUUUAGAACUGUGUACAAUAAAACUAUGCCAAAUUUUAAGAUUUGUGAAAAUUCCCUAUCAAGUGAGAAAAAUCCAUGGAAAAGUAACUGAGCAACAGGGAAUGAUACAGUAGCUUAAUAUUUAUAAGCUCUUGAAAAUAAGACAGUAGUGUUAUACCUUUUAAAAAAAACCAAACACUCUUGUUUGGUACUUGAGCUGUUGUAUGGAAUCAAUUUCCAUAAUUUUUGAAAUGCAAUCUGAGGUUUGAAAAGGCAUUGUUAACCAUAUAAUCAAGUCAAAAUCAGACCUCCCAAUGCCACUUUCCAGAUAUAAUGGUAAGCAUUGAUCCUUCAGUUUUGAAAUUAAGUAAAAUUGUUGUUUUUCAUCUUUUUUGUUAAAUAAAAUCUGAAACAUAUCAUUUCCAAAAUGGAAUUUCAAAAUGAGUUAUUUCUAUCUUCAGUGGACGUAGGGGGUCCUAUACAGGGUCAGUCAGUUAAGGUGAAACUUAUUUUGGAUUGCUGUAUUUGUUUAAUAAACUCAAUUAGCUGGCAAUAUUUAAAAACUAAAUGGAUCGCUGCCACAGUGAGUUUACUGGUGGUUCUUCAACUGUAUUGCCAUUAGUAUUGCAUAAAUGUCUAUUUUCCACUUAUCUAGCUGAAUUGUGACCCUCACACACUUUCCUUCUCUGUUCCUGCACUUUGGUUAUAACGUGCAAAAAUAAAUUUGCCAGCA